AGGUGUAGAUGUAGUGUAAAUAUCACAGUGGAACAUAUGAUUCCUGAGACUCCUCCUCUUUGUCACUGGAUUAAAAUAACUUGUGCUGCAGUGAGGAACGUGCAGUUGCCUCCAGCACCAGCAGGGGGCGGAGUACACUUCACUCAGAACAGUGAAGCUGCUGCAGGCCACGCCCUCCUGUCAGCUGGACAGCAGCCAGGUCACACCUGCUCUGAUUGGUCUGCCCUCAGUCUGUCUUCACUGUCAUUGGACGCCUGUGGAACCAUGUGACUGAAUAUGCAAAGUGAUCUGGACGUGGCAGUUGAAAGCAGUGAGAACAGGAAGAGAGAAAGCAGUGAGAGGCAGCAGGGAGAGGAGGAGCAGGGAGGAGAAGAAGAAGAAUGAGGUGUGACGCAGCAUGAACACACUCAGCUGAAAAAACACUUCACCUCCUGAACUUGACCUGACGGGGAUCUGUGUCCUCCCUUUGUUCCAUGAGUGCUACAAGCGUGCUCAGGUCUUUCAGUCCAUCAGUGAUGCCUGGGCCCGUGAUGCCGAUGGAUGUGGCCAUGAGAUUCUACAUCAGCCACUCUCCACCACCGUACCGAGGUUUCCUCAGUUCCUACGAGGAGCUGCAGCGCGUGAACAUGCGGGUCCGACAGUCCACCGUGCGCUGCCACAGCCAGCAGCGGUACAAGCCUCUGCGGCCGUGUCUCAGCAGCCAGCAGAGGACGGUGGACGGAGGCGACAGCUGCGUCACCUGGAACAACAAAGCUGUCAAGAAGAAGGUGGUGUUCGCCGACUCUAAGGGCAUGUCACUCACCGCCAUCCACGUCUUCUCCAAGUUUGACGACGAGCCGUACCAAAGCAAAGGGCGCGGGUGUGAGUCGGACGAGCUGCAGUUCCACAUGAGCGACUUAGAAGCGGCUACAGUGGACCUGAAGAUCAGCGCAGUGCACAAAAUGGCGCUGGACUUUAAACAGCCGUCAGCUGACUACCUGGACUUCAGGAACCGUCUGAUUCGGAACUCAGUGUGUUUGGAGAACUGCUCCCUACAGAAACACUCGCUCACCGGCACCGUCAAGGUCCGGAACAUGGGCUUCCAGAAGUCCGUGCAGCUACGCACCACCUUUGACUCGUGGACCAGCUUCACCAACGUUGAGUGCACCUUCAUGAACAACGUGUACGGUUGCCAGGACACGGACACCUUCGCCUUUGUGCUGGAGCUGCCGUCCUUCAUCCCACCACAGAACCGAGUUGAGUUCUGCAUCUGCUUCAGGGUCCAGGGUCAGACCUUCUGGGACAAUAAUGACGGCAAGAACUACACAAUCAAGCACGUCAACUGGAGCGGUGAGGACCUUAAAGAUGUGACCUCCCAGGCUUCUGGUGUGGAGCUGCUGGAGAUGGAGUUGGAUCAGUUGGGGAGUCCACGCAUGUCCACCGGACUGUUCCCAGGCUGGCGAAGCUGGAGCCACAUGGACACCACGGUGCCGUACUGGUGAGAGAAGCAGGAACAAGUGACUCAGUGUGAAGAGACAGCAGAGGAAGUCAACUCAGACAAACAAGCUUUGCUUUUUCUGCCCUGAACAAACUGUAACUGACCUACUUUACUGCCCCCCCCCCCCCCCCUACACACACACAGGCUGAGUUGAGUUGCACAUGUUCUAAAAUAUUAAUGUGCCUUCAAAAAUCAAACAGUGGGUCAUUGAAGGUAUAGUUCAGGUUUUGUUAAGUGUGAAUGAGUCAGCACCUGACCUGAGACUGUGCACGCCCCCGCCCCCCAACACACACACACACUGCUGCCUCCAUCUCUCAGUUCAUAUGUCUUAUUCUGUCCCUUCAGUGUUUGAAAUCCAAUGUUCAGAUUUACCUCAGUGACACAAAGUGCCCACACGAGGCAGUAGAGGACCAGCAGCUAAAAUCACUGUGGACUUUGGUGUGUGAGAAUGAGUGGUUUACAAACGUCUGUCUCACAGUGAGACAAAGACGUGAACAUGGGUUUUUUGGUAAAGUUCAAGAACACGUCCAUGCAGACUGGCUCCAGCAGGGGGCGCUCACAUUAGUUAUUCAAUGCCAUGUACAACAACAGUUGAAAGAAAUCCCUUUAAAUUUGCACUGAGUGACGUCUCUCACUGGGAAUGAAGUGAUAAAAUCCUUCAUGUUGAAGGGAAAGUUCAAGUGAGUGUGAAUGAAAAAAAAAAAAAAUGACAUGCAGAGUCAUGCAGAGUCAUGCAGAGUCCUGCUGAGUCAUGCUGAGUCAUGCAGCCCUUCCUCUCUGUGUUAAACCUGCACGUUUGUCUGAGAAACCUCGUAAUUUGCUGCUAACGACAGACGUGACGUCACACGACAAGUUCGGACUUUUCUGUUUGUUACAGAAAUGUCUUAGAUGGAUAGAUGAAUGUUUCUGUUUGCGGGUUUUUAAAAGUGCAAUUCUGUGAAGAGUGGAAAGACAGUGUGACUGGAAAUGAAAGGAUCUACAUAAAUGAAGACGAGUGUGUGUCUGUGAGUUGUGUGUUUGUUACUGAUGUGCAACACACGUGUGUUUUCUUCGCUGAAAUAAAUUUCUAUAUUUGUGCUAAAAUA